AAUCCACAGCUGCGACUACGCCGUCUGGGUCAACCUGAACAGCGUAUUCAACAAGUCCGCCUAUUGAGCUUCCUCCCGACUCGGAGUUGGGCAAGACUAGGCAUGAUCCGACAUUGACAGCAUUCGCUCAACUCGCAGCCUUGCGUCUUGACAUGCCACGUGCAAUCAUGUCUCUCAUUGAUCAUGAACAUCAAUAUGUUCUAGCGGAGGCCACACGAAGCGUCUCGCUGUACGAUCCAAAGAAAACGGAACAAGGCGACGAACUAUGGGUCGGUUCAGUUCAGCUCCCACUCAAGUGGGGAAUAUGUCCUGAUACUCUCCAUACUUUCAUCUCUGGAGAUGGUAGCAAGGACAAAUCGACAGAUUAUAUCACGGCCAAUCAGCAUUGUUAUAUCAUCAAUGACCUUGCAAGUUUGGAGUGUUUUAAGGACAAGUCUUAUGUUGCUGGGCCGCCAUUCUUGCGCUUUUAUGCCGAAGUUCCUCUAAAGCUACACGGGUAUGUCGUCGGUGGAUUUUGUGUGGUAGAUUAUAAACCACGAGCUGGCUUGGAUGCUGCGGCGCUUGAAACACUGGUCGAAGUAGCCUCAGCUAUAACUGAGCACCUUGGACUUGUGAUAGCACAGGAUCGCCUGAAGCGCUCUCGAGAAAUGAUUCAAACCUUGGCACAAUUUGCUCGUGGCAAACAAGCACAAGACUUGCUGAAUGUUAUCACUCGGCGCUGGACACAAGACCCAGCAAAGGCACAAACUAUGUCUGUACAUAACCGCACGGAUUCUGAACGACAUGCAACAGAAUCCAAGACAGAAUCCAACACAUUCAUUGUACCGGAUGUUAGUAUUCAGGUGUCGGACUAUGGCAGUGCACCGAGUGAAAGUGGGACAGACUCAUUGACUGUUGACUCGACUAUGAGUGAACAUGGCAGUGUUUAUACACCCACUGAACAUGGUUUCUCGACUCCUACUGCAGACAACACGUUCCUUGCGGGAGAGCUAGAGAUGCCAAAAAGUGUACGAUCGUUUCUUUCUACGAACGCUUCAUCUAGGAGGAAUUCGGGGACAGACGAACUCGCUCGCACUGCCGUGAAGCUGCUUUUCAAUCGAGCUUGCCAUCGCAUCAGGCAGGCAAGUGACCUGGAGGGCAUUAUUUUUGUGGAAUGUUCAACUCAAGAUACUGCAAUGCCCAGCAAAGAACAUACUCCUAAGUCCAAUAGAUCACCGGACUCAGAAGACGAUCUGGCUCGAGAAACUAGCAAUACUGUUGAUUGCAAAUUUCGUCCCAUUGUCCCUGAUACUGGAUCUCAGGGUAAUUCAGACACCGAUGGAAAAGGAAAACAAUCGCGAGUCUGCGAAUUGCUGGGAUAUGCAUUUCGGAGCGAGGUUGGUGGCUUCGGACCCGCACCUCUUCCAAGACACUCAUCUCUGCCUCAAUCAACAUUGCGAACACUGCGAGACCACUACCCACAAGGAGAGAUUUUCCAUUUCGACGAGAACGGAAGCAUCUUGGAGUUCGAGGACGGUCGAGCUAAGCGAUGCGGUGCCGAGACUGAUGACGAAUCUCGGAUUGAAUUUGAGCGGAAUAAGAAGCAACUCAGAGGUUAUCAGCUUCUCGAUGUCUGUCUUGGAGCACGAUCAAUCAUUUUCUUUCCAUUGUGGGAUCCUCAGAAAGAUCAGUGGUUUGCUGGUAGCCUGGCGUGGACUAAUGACCCAGCUCGACUGUUAGAUGAAGAUGAUGUCGCUAUGCUUGCUACCUUUGGUAGCUGUGUCAUGGCUGAGAAGGCAAAGAUGGAUGCUCUGAAUGCAGAUUACACCACGACGAAGGCCGAAUUCAUUUCAUCGGUCAGUCGGGGGUUGGAGAGAGCCCCUUCCUGGUAGAUCUAACUCCAACAGAGCCACGGAUGAAGAGGAUGGAUGGGCUGGGAGAUGAAGUGCUUUCGAAGAUUGUGGUUGUAGGAAGAACAGGAGAAUCCGUACAUUGAUAGUACGCUCAGUGCUUAAAGAAUUCGCCGAGUAUUGCAGGAAGAAGAAGACGUCGUACAUUGAUAGAACAUUCGGUGCUUAUUGAAUUUGCCGAACAUUGCAAGAACAAGAUGUCUGAAUUGUGAAUAAAUUUUAAAGUGAAAGU